UCUGGUGUAGAAAUUAUUCAACUCCAUAUGAACCUUAAGGGUUAUUGUGGUGCUUUUGUGAAACCUAAGUUAUGAUGGAGCAACUUGUGCAAUAGAAACAUGAGGAGACUUUCCUUUUUCUGACAUACCUAGGAUGUAGAGAUUUCCACGGGUGUACACAAAACAGUGCUGCAGUCGGAGCAUCAAUUUUCUAUGGGAAAUGAGUAUUGAGGCAGCGCAGCAAUGGCUGUGAAGCACUUACCCUGAGCGCGCCUCCCUGCCUCUGCCUCCCUCCCUCGCUGUGCUCCCCUCACUGUAACCACGGCCGGAGGGGAGGAGGUUUCCGCUGUUUUUCUGUGCCAUGGGGAGAGGAGAGCACUGGCAGCAGAAUCAUGUCUGCCUCCGACUCGAGUGCUACAGGACUGAUCAACAAGGGUUCAGCUGAUUCCUACGCUAGUCGACCCUCUGAUUCCGACCUGUCCCUGGAGGAAGACCAGGAGGCGUCUCGGCGUGAAGCCGAGCGCCAGGCUCAGCUGCAGCUGGAAAGAGCCAAGUCCAAGCCGGUGGCAUUUGCAGUGAAAACUAAUGUGAGUUACUGUGGGGCCCUUGAUGAAGAUUGCCCGGUCCAAGGUGCUGCUAUCAACUUUGAAACCAAAGACUUUCUGCACAUAAAAGAGAAAUAUAACAAUGACUGGUGGAUUGGCCGGCUAGUGAAAGAAGGGGCAGACAUUACAUUUAUCCCGAGCCCAGUGAAACUGGAGGCCAUGAGGAUAAAACAAGAACAAAAAGCAGCUGCCAGGAAAGGAGGGAACGCAUCAUCGGGAGGCUGGAGGUCCACCCCUCCAUCUGCAGCCAAACAGAAGCAGAAACAGACGGAACAUGUUCCUCCCUAUGACGUGGUUCCCUCCAUGAGGCCCGUGGUGCUGGUGGGCCCUUCACUGAAAGGCUAUGAAGUGACUGACAUGAUGCAGAAAGCUUUGUUUGACUUCCUAAAGCACAGAUUUGUCGACAGGAUCACCAUUACACGGGUGACUGCUGAUCUGUCCCUGGCAAAGCGCUCAGUGCUGAACAAGAAGGCCAUAAUGGAAAGAUCCAACACUCGCUCUAGUCUGGCUGAAGUCCAGAGUGAGAUAGAGAGGAUCUUUGAGUUGGCAAAGUCUCUUCAGCUGGUCGUCCUGGAUGCAGAUACCAUCAACCAUCCAGCCCAGCUCCUCAAAACAUCUCUGGCUCCCAUCAUCGUCUAUGUUAAAGUUUCAUCACCCAAAGUUCUCCAGAGGCUGAUAAAGUCUCGAGGGAAGUCCCAAAGCAAGCACCUCAAUGUCCAGAUGAUGGCCGGAGACAAGCUGGCUCAGUGUCCUCCUGAGAUGUUUGACGUAAUCCUGGAUGAGAAUCAGCUGGAAGAAGCCUGCGACCACCUCGCAGAGUACCUGGAAAUUUACUGGCGAGCUACACAUCUCCCUUGUUCUGCCACAGUUAAUCCCUUACAGGAUCAAAAUAUGGUCACCCCACCUUCAGCCAACUCCAGCCAGCAGUUUUCAGAGACUCAAGAGUUGAUAGAAUGAUCCCAGCCUCGGAUGCAGGUGCAGCCUGUGCUGUCGGCUGGGGUCAGAACAGUCAGGACAUGGAGAACAGGGACCACCAGGGGGCAGCAGCCUUCCUCCUCUCAUCAAAGCCUGCCAUCACCUUCUCCACAUGUGGAGCAGAGAGAAGAGCAGGGUCCACGCAAAGGGUGAAAGAGCGGAAGUGUGGUGAGCUGGGAUAGGAGGAGAAAUAUUCCACAUAGGGAGGAAGAUGCACCCACCUGCAGCCUCACUGCUGCCCCAGGGGCCAGACAUCCCUGCUCCCACCGUCAACUGAUAACUCAGGGCCGCUUUCUGCCGCUGCAAAAGCACCGGUUUACAGAAACCGGGGGAACAGUGCAGUCACUGUUCACCUCCUUACCACCAAUCCUCCCAUGUCACACUUUCUUCAAUUCAGAAGGUGAAAAAAAGAAAAAAAAAAUCCCUAAUAUCCAUGAAAGAUGAGCCAGCCCAUGAGUGUCUGUAGCUGUCUGAAGCACACAAAGGCUGAUUCAUCUCUCACCGGAGAUGCAUCACAUAUCUAAGAGGCUGAGGUAUGUUAGUCCAUGAUACCACUGGCACAGAAAAGCUGUUAGCACAUCCCCAGGUUUCCAGUGCAGGGCUCUUAGGGUUUAAUGUCUGAUUCGCCUUGCUUCCUCGCUGGUGCAAGGAGUGACAGAAAAUCUAUUAUGUAUGUCUUCCAUGUCUGCAGCUUUAAGUGAGCUGCCAUUUUAAAUGUUAAACUAAAAUGCUUCCUUAAAAGUACGUUUGCUCCUGUCAGAGUCAUUGCAGUAUCACAUUUGCAUGGAGACACAUGGGGGGGAAAAAAAUAGCGAUUUUGUCUUCCUUUAUCCUCUUACUUUCCACUCCUGGUUUAUCCAGGAUUCUUCUUUCUGUCUGCUCUUGUACUAAAACAGUCUACACAACUAUCUGUUACUCAUAUAUUUGCUCUGAGUAUACCAAAUGCAUAUCUCUACAUGUAGCUUUUAUCCAAAUAAUGUAUAACAAACACUGAUAGCAUACAUUUUCUACGACUUUGCCACUGCUGGUGAAUGUAAGUUAAGUCCGGUGUGUUGGUGGAUUAAAGGGUCCUUACGGUAAAAUGCGCAGGCAGUUGAAGUCCAGCCCUGGGAUUGUAACUUUUUCCUUUAACUAAUAAAACCAGAUGGAAAUUGGUCACAUUUAGUUUUAAAUUUAAAAUAAAUGUGUCCACUGAUCGUAGUCACAUUGCCCCUUCCAAAAAAGUAAAGAUGUUUGUGUAACAAUGACAACCACCAAAUACUUAUAGGUAUGUUAUUUAUUAAAUAAAUGAUCUUAUGAUGCAUGGGAAGCUGUAGCCAGUGGUGGUUCUGGAUGCAAUAUGGCUAAAACCCAAAGGAGUAGCGUCUGUCAUUUCUGACUAAAAUGUGGUUUGCAUUUUCAGAAACUCCACUGGUUGAAGCUCAACAUGUUACCAACACAUUUAUUCAUAUUUAUUAAAUAUUUUAGACAAUUUUAUUCACAGAAUUAUAUUGUUACGUUUUUAAUUAAGUUUGUGAAUUUCUAAUAUUUAUGCAUGAACUAAACCUAAGACAGUAUAUUCUCACACAAGUCCAAAUGAGAGAUACACAGAAUCAAGUUCUUGUAAAUUUAACCACUACUGAUGAAAAUGUCAUUUGCUGCCGAUAUUAAGCUUUAAGGUUUGCGCAGAGAGGAAUUAUCUUUUCUUUCUUUUUUUUCAUAAUGAGGAUCACGCAAUCUUGUAUUAACUAAGUAGGAAUAAAAUCAAAUCUGAUUGUGACAAGACAUUCAUAGGAUUUAGGACUGAAUGGUGAAGAUCUGCAAGUAAAACACUUAUCUGUGUUGAUUAGAAAGUCGAUAUUUUCAGUCAGGAUGUUUUUGUCCCUGAUACCAAUCUGAGCGCUUGAGAAAAAACCUGUAGCCGAUUCCUACUGAGCUCCAAGCUUUGUUCAAGUCUUCAUUCUUUAGUUGACGGCAAUUGAUACUCUGUCGCAACUUGUGUGUUUUUAGUUCAGCUUUGCACUGUUGAAGGCUGAAAACACACAGCUACAGUCUUCGUCAAAGUCAUUCUGCUGCUGACCAUAUUUUUAUUCACACCAAUUGCAACGAAGAUCAUUGCUGUCGUCCUCACUGCUUGUUUCAGCCUCCGUGCCGCGUUACUAAGCAUUUUGGCUCAUGGGUCAUCAAAGUCGCGCUGUGGCUCAGACAUUUAAGGCUAAACGGCUCGCAACACAGGCGUAUUCCUCAAAUACUAGAUCCAUCUGACUGAAUGAAAAUGCUUCAGAAUCCAUGUCCAGACCAGUUCAGAGUCAUUCGUUCAGCAUCGUGUUUACUAAAGCCAAAUAAUUGGUCUGAAACUCAGAUCUUUGUGUCAGUUCUGCGGAUUACUAUUAAUAUAGAAGACUUUCUGUCCUUGAAAAGAGAAAAGUUUCAGCUGUGCAGUGCGGACCGCAUUACAAACAAGAAAUCCAAGACAGUGCAAUCUCCUUUUCACAAUUGAUGUACUUAAAGACUGACAUUAAGCCGCAUUAAUAGUAAAGACUUUUGUCUACUAUAUUGUUUGUUUCUACUUAAAUUCUGUUCCUCCUGCUAAAUAUUGUGAGAAGGCAGACCUUAAACAGUAUGGUGAUUACUGAAGAUGUUUGGCUGAAUCUCAGUCUGAAAUUGCAAGCCAUGCAGUGGUACAGUCUGUCUCCAAAUUUGCCUCAUUUGUUUUUUUUUGUUUUGUUUUGUUUUUUUGACACCUCACGGUUCUUAAACUUCCAUCUCAGUGCACCUGCUUCGAAAUUAUUAGGAGACAAUGUUCAUCUAAACUCAUGUAAAUAACCUAUUGUAUGUGCAUGGCAUAUAUUGUACUCCUGUUGCAUCGGAAGGGCUGCAAGGAUCAUCCUCACAUGAGCAAAUCAACAUGACCUACAUAACCACUUACAUAUGCAUUAUAAAAGAUAAGAUGUAAAUACUGUAAAUGAUUAGUAUUAAAUUCCAUGCAAACGUUGCUAACUCUGACCAACAAAAAGUUUUCAGUACUUUGUUGUUGUUUUUUUGUUGUUGUUUUUUUCACAGUGCACAGCUCAGAAAGCAUGUGUUUGUGAUAUCCUCUGUUUUUAAUAUGAUGCACUUUUUAUCCAGGACCAGAGAUGUCUUUCACUGAGACUGACACUUCUGAUACAUCAGGUUGCAGAUUAAUACCUUCCACCUGAUAAAACACCAAGAGCACAGGACCUUCUUAGGAUAAAACCUUGGAUAAACCAGAUCCUUGUUUUUUUUUUUGUUUGUUUUUUUUUUGAGUUGUAUUGCAGAAUAAUUCUAUUGUAACUAAACUAUUUUUUUCCAUAUCCAAAGCACAAUGUUUUUAUUACUAUUAUUUAUUUCACUGGCCUAAAUUCUGGAUGCAAUAUAAAGUUUAGUAUUGAUAAGAUACAAGCUGAGACUAUCAAGAUAUCUCCUCGGUUGGGGUGGGGUAUAAUUGCACUAUUAUUGUUUACAUGGAUGCUUUUUUUUUCUCUCUCUCUCUCUUUUUUUGAUGCAAUAAAUGCACUCAAUGUAUGCCGUAUGUACCUCCAGCUGUGAUCCCAACAACGCUGCUGGUUUCCGACAACAGGGCUAAAGCAGUCCGACAUUAUCUGAUGAUGAAAUGUGCUUGGUGUGUGUAUCUGUCAACGCCACGCGAGAACGAGGGGGUAAAUAAAAAUAUUACAGUGACA